AUGGAGGCCAGCGAGUGGGAUCACGCGACCUUGAGGGAAGAGGAAUUCGAGCAGCAUGCCGUGUAUUUGGUACCGGAUGUGGCGGCGUCGCCGGGCGACACCAAUCGCGCGGAAGCGUCCCUGCCGAGAAAUUUGGUCCUCAAGCCCUCUCAGGCCCUCAACGAUGUUUUGGGCGUUUGGAGCACGAGUUACAUCCCCAAAGGGACGAGGUUCGGACCACUUGUGGGCCAGGUGUACACCAAGGACUCGGUGCCGGCCGACGCGAAUCGAAAGUACUUCUGGAGGGUGUACAAGAACAACGAGCUGUUCUAUUACAUCGACGGUUACGACGUCCAGAAAUCAAAUUGGAUGCGUUACGUAAACCCGGCUUAUUCGUCCGAAUCGCAGAACCUGAUAGCAUGCCAGUAUAAGAUGAACAUUUAUUUUUACACAAUCAAGCCGAUACUACCGAACCAAGAGCUUCUGGUGUGGUAUUGCAGAGAGUUCGCGGAAAGGCUCAAUUACCCGUUAACGGGCGAACUGAUGCUUCAAAGAAUACGACAACAAGUACAACAAUCGGCGUUACCAACCGAAAUCAUUCCGCCCAGCGUGGACGUGGUGUCCCCGCUGAAGGAUUCGUCGAUCUACGAGAGACGAUCGCAGAUGACGCCGACGGACGGUUCCGUACGAUCGGACGAGGGAUACCAUUCGAACUAUCACGACGAGAUCCUGACGCCGCCGGAGGAGAGCAGCGAGUCCGACUCGGAGAACAACUACGUGCUGGACUUCAGCAAGAACGCGAAAACGUCGGUGUGCAGCAACGAGGUGCUGAAGCAGGACAACGCGGCGGCGAAGAACGAGUACAGGAAGGUGAAGAUCAAGAUCACGAAGACCUACGGUAACUUCCAGACGACCAAGAGCCUGGACGGUACCGGUAAGGACAAGGAUCAGGAGCUGUCUAGCAGGGCGGUGACGCCGGAGCUUCAGAAACCGAUGUCGCCGAUCAUCCUCCAGAAAAACUCCGUUCUGUCGACGGUGAACGAGGACGAGAUCCCGGAGAAGAACCCUAAGCCCUUCUACGAGCCGGAGGCGAAGGGCAACGUGACCGUUUCCGGUCGACCAGCCUACCUGACCAGCCCCAGCAGCUCCAUCCUCGAGAACAUCCUCUUGCGCAGCAGCACCGACAACAACAACAACAACAGUCACAAUCACCAUCACAACGGGGUACAGCAGCACCAUCAGCACCAUCAGAUCCACCAUCAGACUCACGUGGACUCCGUGACGCCGCCGCCGUCCAGCCCGACGGAGAUGGCCUACUCGUACAAGAAGUCCCAUCGUUACGGGAACAUCCUGCCCUGCAGUCCGGACUCGAGCUCGAACCUGCCCAUGCAGCCCGACGCCUGUGUAAAUUCCACCAGCGGGAACAGCGCCCUGCCGAUGCAGAGUCCCACGAGCAACCUGCACUCCAGCACGGGCAACCUUCACUCCAGCACCGGGCCCACCAACGUUCUCCAGUCCCAUCCGGGCAGUAUUCAUUCCUCCAGCAACGCCAAUCACCACACCAGCUCGAACCUGUUAUCGUCCAGCACGAUACUGACGUCCACGAGCAACCUCCACUCGUCCACGACCGCCUGCCCGACCAAGAGGAAGACCAAAAGCCCGUCGCCAUCGGCGAACCCCACGGGCGCCUCCACCCCCACGAUCCUCUACUCCAGUUCCGGCGGAUGUCAGAUCGAGUCCAGUCCCGUGUAUCCAGGAUCGGCGGUGAGCAGCAACCAGAGCGUGUCGCCCAUCUCGCCCAUUCAGUCGCCCUCCUCGUAUCCGUACGGUAUCUACCACCAGAACGGCUCGUUGCACCAUAACGUGGCGCCGUUGACCAUCAACUGCACCGCGUACUCGCCGACGCCCAGCGGAAACGUCGUCUACGAGAGGCCGGACGGCAGAAGGCUGGAGGCGGCCACCAGCAGCCACCAGCUGCCCACCUCCUCCACGAUGCAGAUCGACACCAACCAGGCGUUGAUCGCUGGCACGCACAACCUCCACCUGGGCCAUCAUCCCGGCCUCACCAUCCACGCGAACUCCUCCUCGAUGAACCGGUACUCGCCUGCCAGCUCCCUGUCGCCCGACGAUCACGGAUGCUCGCAGAGCGGCUCCCUCAGCCCCAACUCCCAGGGAUCCAGGGGCUACAGGUCCCUCCCUUAUCCUCUCAAGAAGAAGGAUGGGAAAAUGCACUACGAGUGCAACGUAUGCUGCAAGACCUUCGGCCAGCUGUCGAACCUCAAGGUCCACCUGAGGACGCACUCCGGUGAGAGACCGUUCAAGUGCAACGUGUGCACCAAGAGCUUCACGCAGCUGGCCCACCUGCAAAAACACCAUCUUGUUCACACUGGGGAAAAACCACACCAGUGCGAGAUCUGCAAGAAGAGGUUCAGCUCGACCUCGAACCUGAAGACCCACCUGAGACUACAUUCCGGCCAAAAGCCUUACGCCUGCGACCUAUGCCCCGCGAAGUUCACCCAAUUCGUUCAUCUAAAACUGCACAAGAGGUUACACACGAACGAGAGGCCCUACACAUGCCAAGGCUGCGACAAGAAGUACAUAAGCGCGAGCGGCCUUAGGACCCACUGGAAAACGACCAGCUGCAGGCCGAACAAUAUCGAGGACGAGCUUGCCCUAGCCGCGGCCGUGGGUUCCCCGACGUACUACGAGUACGGCCCUGACAUGAAUGUUGGAAACAUGCCGAAGGAAUGCGAACUGGAGCACAUCGACAAUUACGAGAGGCACGGAUCCGCUCACGGGCCGCACUCCACGUCCCUCCACAAUCUGGAGAACUCCGUGAGUCGGCCAAGCGUCAUAGAGACCUCCCAGCCUCACAUAAUCGAGUGCACCUAA